AAAGUUAUAAGUGGCAACUGUGAUGAUGUUAGUGGUGGUGGAGGUGAGACCAGGUCACUCUUAUAUUAUUACCAUCCUACACCAAGCUAAAGCUUUCUUAAGUAAGCUUAAGCUUGUCAGCUGCGUGGCACUGCGAGGCAGUGUAGAGAGGGCAUGUUGAUGGCAUAGAGGAGAGAGCAGACUGCAGAUAGUGCUCGCUGGCUGAUAUGCUUCAGGCUGUAAAGUAAAAGGACACAAGUGCAACUAAUGUGACAUUUUAUUGUGGCAACGUUUCACUCUCCAGGAGCUUUGUCAAGCCAAUACAAACAGUAUAUGGACACAGAGGGUUUUGAGUAUGAUGGAAAAUGAAAACUUCUCAGUGGUGGACUUGUUGAAGCCUCAGGUCCCAUUGUCUUGUCUGUGGCCUGACAUUCUCGACAAGAAAUUUCAAAGAAACACUCUGCUACAAGAAGUGACACAUGAAUACCUCAAGGACAAGGAAAAUUAUAAUGAAAACUGUCUAAAUUUUUUUGGAAUUAAUUUAGAUAAAGAAAAUGCAUUUUUAGAUACUGGUUUCUUUGGAGCUACAAUAUUAUCUUUGCUAAGUAAGAACAGUGCAUCACUCACCAGCAAUACUAACGAGUUAAGACAAAAACCUACUGUAAUCAGAAGCCCAAAGAUGAGUCCCCAGAAAUUAUUAUUCACUUCAGAUGUAGAAAACCCAGAAAUUGACCCAAAGAAGAUGCUUAAACAAAAGCUUUUGUCUACUCUUAAGUUGUCAUUAGAGCAAGAGAAUUCUCCAUCAAGAGUUUCCAGGUCAAGAGAAGACAGUGUUCCUGAGACACCACCUAAAACCAUUGAUAGCAGUGGGGACACACUAGAAUUAUAUCCAUCUCCAUCACAGUUCUUAAUGGAAACCCAAUUUGAGUGUUCUACACCUCUCAGAAGCAAGUCAGAUAAAUGUAUGUUAAGCAAGAUCAGUGAUGAGAAACCAUUUGAUUUGCCUGUUGCCCUCGACCAACAUACAGAGAAACUGAUAGAAAGUAAUGGUCAGGAUGCUUCAUUAUUGCGCCAACAAAGCAAGAAAAGUUUAACUAAAACUGUGUUGGAUACUAAAUGCUUAGCCUCUAGCAUAUUGCUUCAAAAAGAUCCUGGCAAAGAAGGAAGUCCAAACAAAGUACCAAGUGUACACACUCACUCAGCUAGUGAAGUAGACAGUAAUGUGGGAGAGAGUGGGUCUAUCAGGGACUCGAAGGCAUGCAUUGCAUGUAUGUUAAAUGAGAUGGAUUCAUGUAUUUCACAUAAUGUUUGUGCACCAACUGAAAGUAUCAGCUCUAAAGUUUUAACCAGAGCUAGAACUGAAAGUUCAACUUCAAAACUGAAUUCUAAUACUGAAAAAAAUUCAGCCUUUGAAAAAACAGAUGAAGAGAACUUGAGUGAAUCUAUGUGUAAUAUAUCAAUACAUGACAGUGCUGUUGUUGUAGAUGAUACCAAUGAAAUUAAUCCAAGUUUUAUUAUCAUUGAUGAAAUCUUGGAUGACUCGGAUGUAGAUUCAGUACAAAAUGCAGGGUCAAAUGAUAACUGCGAAGAACUGAAGAAGACUGAUAAAGUUGAUUUACCACCAUUGGUAUGUAGUAAAACCAGCAGCAGUAAGGAAGAAACCACAGACAGAAAAAGGGAAAUGUCUAGCAACUGUGAUGUUUCAAAAAGUGUCUGUCAGUCAUUACCAAGUCCAAAAAAUAUAGAAACUAAAAUUCCUGUAAAGUCACCUGAUGCUAGUCAACCUUUGUUCAAGUUAAAAAAUAAGGAAAUAGAUAAAGUACAGACUACAGCUAAAGACAUUUUGGGUAAUGAACAGAUUGUCACAAGUUCAAAUAAAUCUGAAAGUGAAAGUUUGCAUGAGUCUGUCAAAUCUUAUAUGUUACCAUUUAUUAGCAGCAAUCCACAGGAGAAUAAAGAUAAUGAGGACCCUAGGUGGAGUUACUUGGCUAAACUCAAGACAGAUGAAGAGAGAUAUCAGCUGUCUCGUAAGUUAUGGAAGAGCAUUGUUGUGCCAGACCCCAACAUAAAUAUUACCUAUAACGGCUGCUCGAGAAGGUGGAGAGCUCAGAGGAAGACCUCACAAGGUAUUGUAUUGAUCUUUAGACGAAUGUUUUUGUACUAUACAGGAAGGCCCCGCUUUACAGCGUUUCACUUUACGGCGUUCCGCUAAUACGGACAUUUCAAA